CAUUCACGUAUAGCUAUUGUCAUGUCCGCACAAUAGCACCGCCCUCGAGCGUCUCAACUCAUGGCAACUUCCACCACCGCAACGUCCCACCACCCGCUCCUUAAUCCUCGCAUACUUGACAAGUUGCGCAACUGUCGACUACAUUCCACUUCGCAACGGACUCCCUUGCCCUGAGAACAAACCAAGCGUCAGCGUCCAUCUAAUUUCAAUUAACCCACCCCAACCGCCGCAAUGGCGAACUCGUCAGCCGCGACACCAUCGCAAGGCUUGCAACGCCGGUUCAAGGGAUGCUCGAAGAUCGGCGAGUACGAGAUGAUGCAAAAGCUGGGAGAAGGUACCUUUGGCGAGGUGCACAAGGCGCGACACCGAAUAAGUGGCAGUAUCUUCGCGCUCAAGAAGAUCUUGAUGCACAAUGAAAAGGACGGCUUUCCCAUCACAGCGCUACGAGAAAUCAAGCUACUGAAGAUGCUGUCUCAUGACAACGUCUUGAAGCUGGACGAGAUGGCAGUGGAACGGCCCAAAGCCGAGGGCAGGAAACGCGCGAUUCUCUACAUGGUCACGCCCUAUAUGGAUCACGAUCUCUCAGGCCUCCUCGACAACCCAGACGUCAAGUUUCAAGAAGCGCAAAUCAAAUGCUACAUGCUUCAGCUGUUCAAAGGCCUCCAAUACCUGCACGAUAACCAUAUUCUACACCGAGACAUGAAGGCAGCCAACCUCCUUAUCAACAACCGCGGACGGUUACAGAUCGCAGAUUUUGGUCUUGCGCGGCAUUACGACGAGGCUGUACCACAACGAGGCAGGGGCAACGGCGAGGCGAAGAGAGAAUACACCACGUUAGUUGUAACUCGGUGGUACCGACCUCCGGAACUGCUCCUUCAGCUACGACGGUACACACCAGCCAUCGACAUGUGGGGCGCAGGCUGCGUCUUUGGCGAAAUGUUCAAGCGCAAGCCUAUCCUUGCCGGCCACAGCGACCUUCAUCAGGCCCAAAUCAUAUUCGAGCUCAUUGGGUCUCCAAACGACCAAAACAUGCCCGGAUGGAGUGACCUUCCUGGAGCAGAAUCCGUCCGCCAAUUCGCAGGAAACCAAGGCACCAUCGCCUCCAGGUUUCGCGAGCUCUCGCCGACUGGAUUAUCUUUGAUCAAAGAUCUCAUGAAACUUGAUUGGCGCAAAAGGAUAAAUGCCAUCGAUGCCAUUGAUCACCCAUAUUUCAGGGAACAGCCGCUGCCUAUGCGCGAAGAAGACAUCCCACAUUUCGCAGACUCGCACGAACUGGAUCGGCGGAAUGUCAGGGGUCAGAAGCAGGCACUCCCUCCAGCGCCCGCAGGCGGCACUGUAGGCGGAGGGCCGAAUGGAGAGUGGUCAGGAUCGGGCCAGCCACCACAAUCAUGGCAGAACGGCGAUCGAAGAUAUGGAGGACCCCAAGAUCGAGGACCACCAGGUGUUGAUCGUCAUCAAAGAGGGGGAUAUGACCGGCGCGCGCCUCCAUAUGAACACAGACCUCCCCCGCCACCACCUGGCGAACGACGACCCAACUGGGGUAAUGGCACUGACUCCCGACAUGGUAACCUCCCAGCACCACCUUCCGAUGGCCGGCAUCCACUACCACCGGUUCCUCGCUAUGGGCCUGAUGGUGAUCGCCGUAGAGGCGGUCAACCAGCUGGCGAUACUUACAUUCCAAGUUACGGCAAUGAUGGUCCGAGACGGUCACGGGAGCCCGACGGCCCUGGGCGGUCACGUGAACCUGAUGACAGGCCUCGACGAGGCUCGCGCGACUCGGGGAAUUCACGAGAUGGACAUGUAGACGAACGCCCAGAUCGCGGGAGAGCGUAUAGAGAUAGAGAUAGGGACCGGGAAAGACCCAACGAUUCCAGGAAUUUUGCCCGAGAUAGGAGAGACGGGAGGACGCGGUCGAGGAGUCCUGAGAGGCGAGACAGGAACCGCGACCGGGAUGGAGACAUUUACAGGAGGCGAUAAUGCUGCCAGCAUGGCAAUACCAUUUUGGGGGUUAGAGCUUUCAGAGUACUGUAGAGUUGGACUCCGCCUAGGCUAGGAUUCAAGCAAAUUGGCGUACAAGGGCAAGGUAGGGCAUGUACUCGGUAUCAGCGGCGUCAAGUAUAAGAACGGACACGGGAUACCUUGGGUAUGGCGUUCGGGUCAUUGUAGCAUAUUUCUGGCGUUGUAUAGCGGCACUGCUGCCACCAUUAUUGAAGCAUAUUCGUAACAAUCAACAACAAUCCGUAAUUGCCUGCA